AUGGCUGGUCCAGCGUCACACGACGGGAGCGACACAUUUGAGACACCCCCUUCCUCAGUAGCGCCUUCUGUUGGUCUGCGUACUCCGCUGCCUCACUCAGCCAAUCCAGCAUCAUGGACUGAUCCUGUCCAGACUCCUCGGCACCAUCUCGAGGGCUCCUCGUAUUUUCCGUCUACUUCUCCCACCCCGAGGCCCGUGUCCCCGAACUAUCGACGGACAUCGACUGCACCGAGGUUCACCCGUACUAAGUCUUACAAUCCAGAUGGUCGUCGGGAAAACAUACGGAGUGCAAGUGUCGCAAGCUCGCACAUUGGCCGGCGCACAGGCAGAGAUGCCGCUUUCUCAGAGACCGAACGAGAUGAUACCGAUACCGAAGAAGAUCCUGGUCCGUCAAGAGGUCGUACAGCGCGUGAGCCUCCGGUCGAUGCCGACGAUGAACUUUCCGAGCCCGAGGACCCAUUGACGGUCAAAGGUCGUCAGUCGAUGAUCAAUGUCGAGCACCCUUUUGGUCUGCGUAUUUGGAAGCCAGCUCUUUACAAGAAGUCCCGCACCGUCAAUCGAAACGCCGAGACCGACUUGCACUCGGCUCCCAGUGCCGUUGCCGAACGUCACCUUAUUCCCGGUAACGUUGUCUGGACACUCGUUUUCGGAUGGUGGCUCGCCAUUAUAUUUAUUGUCGUAUCGGGCCCGCUAUGGCUCCUUCCCCGUGGUGGGCGUCAAUAUGGUAGCCUUGUCUUUGGUCUCGGCUGGUAUAUAUUUUGGCCAUUUGGCAAGUACGUUGAGGGCGAUCUGGAUGAAGAAGAGCGCGCCCAAUUCGAAGAGGAGCUCGCUGAAGCCGAAGGGUUGAAUCAGUCUCACGUUCAUCAAGACCACCGUGUAUCGACUACCGAAACUAUUCGCCCUAAUCGUGAAAGAUCUACUUCUAAUGCUAAUGGGCACGAACAAACUGCCUCUUGGGUCCCUCCAAGUGAACAUACCCCGCUCCUUAACUCUACCGAGUCCUCGACAGUGUCACCCCCACCACUUCUUCCCGCCAAGUCAUACGGUGCUGUCCCGUCAGACUUGGCUGAUCCUUUGCACUCCCCUGAUGCAAUUAGGCGGCACUGGCUAGGACAAUACAUCUAUUGGCUAGUCUUUGGGCUCGUCAUAUUCCCUCUCCUCGGAUUCGUAACUAUUAUUUGCUACGGACUAGUUUUCACAAUCCCGAUGGCCAAACUGAACGGUGCACUCUUGAGGAACAUGUGGCGCCACCCUCUCAAGAUACGGUUUUGCGCCGCCCCUCCUGGAGUUGUGGUCCCCACCCCACCAAACGCAUCCGACUCGGAGCAAGAUGAAGAAGCUAGCACACCCAAUGCAAACGGUGGCCCUCCCAUGUCCUAUGUUAUCAAGAAGACCCGCCUGCAACCCGGACAAGCAGUUCUCACGAGUGGUCGAGCAAGGCCAUAUGGCGGUCGAUCUACUGUGCUCAUGUGCACCUAUCGAGCCUUGGGUCUCAAGUACUACAAGUACACUAUUGGGGGCGUCAACAUCUUAUUCAUCAACCUUAUCCCCAUUGUCUUCUUCGUCAUUUUCGACGCGAUGGUUCUUGAGCGCCUGGCCGAUCACAAACGCGAGCGCGGCGAACCUGUCCACUGGAUUCUGAACGCACUUACCCAGCGCGCCUUCAUCUUUACAAUGAGUUUGGCGAGCGUUAUCCCACUUAGUUACUUUAUUGGUAUGGCAGUCGCCAGUAUCUCCGCUCAGUCGAGUAUCGGAAUGGGUGCGGUGAUCAAUGCUACCUUCGGCUCUAUCAUCGAAAUUAUUCUAUAUGGAAUUGCUCUGACCGACGGUAAAGGCCGCCUUGUCGAAGGAUCUAUUGUCGGCAGCUUGCUUGCGGGCGUAUUGCUAAUGCCCGGAGCUAGUAUGUGCAGCGGUGCCAUGCGACACAAGGAGCAGCGGUUCAACGCCAAGAGCGCUGGCGUUACAAGUACAAUGUUGAUCAUGGCUAUCAUUGGAGUCGUGUGCCCGACACUUUUUUACCAAACUUACGGUAACUUCCAGUUAGUGUGCGAUGGAUGCCCCACGACUCUUCCUGGAGAGACACUUCCGACUGAUGCACCGUGGGCCUGUAACCAUUGUCGCUACGAGCAUCCCGACCCAACGUCGGAUCCAUUUUAUCAGUCGACUGUCAAGAGCCUGAUGUAUUUCUGCGCUGCUGUCCUGCUCUUCUCCUAUCUGAUCGGCCUCUGGUUUUCUCUUCAUACACACGCAACCUCGAUCUGGCAAAAUCCUCAACAACUUAUGCAACCCUCCGAGAUGCCGCUCUCUACAGGAUCUCUGCGUAGCGGUACAACAGCUCGACCAGGGAUACUUCCUACUCACCAACGUACACUCAACCGGAAGAUUAGUGAAGCUACAAUGACUGGUAUUCUAUUGGGAGGAGCCUCAGCUCCUGCUCAACCAGGAAAUGCUGGCGGUCCGGAUAGCAGCCCCAACCUAUCUAAACGUGCUGCCUUGGCCCCCCCUCCAGGACAAGUAGCGCACUUGCCUCCAGGCGCAAUGACACCCGUAAUGGAAUCUGUUCAACAUACGAUGAACAAUAACCAGCAGUUACAACCCACUCAGUUUACGGCCGACGACUUUACUCGUGCCGUGGCUGUUGCCACAGUCUCCGCCCUUCGGCACCAGCAAGCUGGACAUCGUCGUGUUGUGGAGUCAACUGUGCACGAACAUGCAGAGGGAGGCCAUGGCGGACAUGACGCCCCUAGCUGGAGCCGUGGCGUCAGUGCCAGUGUUCUUUUAGCUUGCACCGCACUCUACGCUAUCAUCGCUGAAAUCCUUGUGGACGAAGUCGAUGUUAUUCUCGAGGGCUCUGGGAUUGAUGAGAAGUUCUUGGGGAUUACUCUUUUCGCACUAGUACCCAACACUACGGAGUUCAUGAAUGCCAUGUCCUUCGCUCUUACUGGAAAUAUUGCACUCAGCAUGGAAAUUGGUUCCGCUUACGCUUUGCAAGUCUGUCUGCUUCAAAUUCCAGCCAUGGUUGCCUUUUCGGCUUGGUGGGAUCCCCAGAAGAUGGGUACUAGCGCUGAUACUUUUACGCUUAUUUUCCCACGUUGGGAUGUGAUUGCUAUCAUCUUGUCGAUAUUCCUGCUCACAUACACCUAUAUCGAGGCGAAGAGCAAUUAUCACAGAGGAAGUAUCUUGAUUCUUAGUUACUUGGUCUUGAUCGCUGGCUUUUAUUUUGCGCCGCCACCCAGUAAUCCUGAUGGUCGCGAAGAGCUCUCUAUGCUCAGUCGAUUCUCAGAAAUAUUUCCAUCAUCGGCAUUAAGCUGGAAGAUGUGGGCUCAGGUAUGGUUCAAGAGUCUGUGGUCGCGGUGA